AUGGAUACGCGUUUGGGUCUACUCGGCGUGCUGCUGCUGCUGGCGGCGCCCAUCUGGACGCUGGAGGUGCCCCACAAUGCGACUGCUGCGGGCGAGAGCGGACUGCUGCGCACCAUGCGGCACGUGUGGACGCAGUGCGCCGAGAGCGAGGAUAUUUUUUGGUGCUGCAAGCUGCAGGGAGCCCGCCUGCUUGGGCGCGCUCUUAAGGUGCAGCAGCUCAGCAUUGUGGAUGGCAUUAAUCUGGUGAGGCGAGCCGGCGCCGCUGGCACGGAGGACACGCGCACAGGACGCGCCAGCAUUAGCGAGCACCAGCUGAACAAUCGCGACCUCGAGCACAUGUCCAGCAAGAGCCUGGACGCGCUGCUGCUGGAGCGCUUCCUCCACUUCCUGCACAGCCACCAGCUGCAGGUGAAUCUGCCGCGGCUGCUGCGCUACGGCGAACGCAACAGCCAGGACUGGCUGCAGUCGCUGCUGGGCUACUUCAUGAACGGCGAGCCGGCGGGCGUGGAUAGCGAGGGCCGCAAGAAGAAGGACGACAAGAAGUAUCUGGGGCCGUUCAUAGCCGCCGUGCUGCUCAAGACGGCCAUACUGAAGAUGGCCUAUCACUCGAUAGCCAUUGUGGCCGGCAAGGCGCUGAUCGUGGGCAAGAUCGCGCUGAUCAUCAGCGCCAUCAUCGGGCUGAAGAAGCUGGUCAGCCACGACGGCGGCGAGAAGACCACCUAUGAGAUUGUCAAGCACCCGCAGGUGCAGCAGAGCCACACCUACUCGUCGAGCCACCAGGGCGAGUAUGACACCGGCGGCCACGACGGUGGCUCCUAUCAUCGCAGCAUCGACGACGAGAUGAUGAUGCAGGACAAGGCCUAUCACGCCUGGUUGCCGCAGGCUGGUGCCGGCGGUGCAGCCGGUGGCCCGGGCGCUGCCGCUGGCGCCUCCACCAAGGUCACCCGAUAA